AUGUAUCCUAAUCGUAUCUAUCUAUCUGUCUAUCUAUCUAUGGGUCUUUUCUUCUAUCUAUCUAUCUAUCUAUCUAUCUAUCGAUCUAUCUAUCUAUCUAUCUAUCCUAAUCUAAUCCUUAUUUUCUAUCUAUCUAUCUAUCUACUUCAGUCUUUUCUUCUAUCUAUCUAUCUAUCUAUCUAUUCUAAUCUAAUUCUUAUUUUCUAUCUAUCUAUCUAUCUAUCUAUCUAUCUAUCUAUCUAUGUUCGAUCAUAUCUCUCCAUCCCUCUCUGUUCAUAUCUAUCUAUCAUUAAGUUGAAUCCUGAUAGAAUAACGUAUCUGUUUGUUUGUUUCUUUUUAUCUAUCUAUCCCAAUCCGUUCAUAUCUAUCUAUCUAUCUAUCUAUCUAUCUAUCUAUCUAUCUAUCUAUCUAUCUAUCUAUGCAUACUGCAUUACUUACGAAAGUACACAUUCCGAGAUUAAUUUGUCUAUUGUAAUCUGUUCAUAUCUAUCUAUCUAUCUAUCUAUCUAUCUAUCUAUCUAUCUAUCUAUCUAUCUCAUACUGUUCAUACAAAUUAUCUAUCUAUCUAUAUCUAUCUAUCUAUCUAUCUAUCUAUCUAUCUAUCUAUCUAUCUCAUCUAUUCAUAUCUAUCCUUCUAUCUAUCAAUCUCAGUCUAUUCGUAUCUAUCUAUCUAUCUGUCUAUCUAUCUAUCUCUUCUAUUCAUAUCUAUCCUUCUAUCUAUCAAUCUCAGUCUAUUCGUAUCUAUCUAUCUAUCUGUCUAUCUGUCUAUCUCAGUCUAUGCAUAUAUAUAUAUAUAUAUAUAUAUAUAUAUAUAUAUUCAUUAUAUAUCUAUCUAUCUAUCUAUCUAUAAUUCUGUUUAUAUCUAUCUAUCUAUCUAUCUAUCUAUCUGUCUAUCUAUCUAUCAUUCUGUUCAUAUCUAAUUCUGUUCAUAUCUAUCUAUCUAUCUAUCUAUCUAUCUAUCUAUCUAUCUAUCUAUCUCAGUCAGUUCCAAUCCCAUUCGACCUUGUUCUUAUUUUUAUCGCUUUUAGCAAUCUAUUUCAGCAUCUUUAUAAAUUCCCCGAUCAGAACUGUCGUGGAGAUGACAACGUUGACUUUUCGCUACACGAAGCAUUUUCCCUUACUUUCCCUCCAAUAUUCUUUUCACUCAUCCGUCUUUCAACAUUCAAGUUCUUUUGCAUUUCCCUUCGUCUUUUUCCCCUUUCCAUUAUGUCCACUUUAAUUCGCCGUAUCUACUUAAGACGAUUUUCAACCCCCAUCUCCCCUAUAUCAAAUUACGACAAAACACAUUGUUCCUUCAUUUCCUCAUUCUUAUCUAUUUCCCUUGUUUUUCUUCAUUCUUUCCUUCCAUUCUUUCCUUUAGAAUUUCUUAUUAUUUUUUCUCUUUCAUUUCUUAUCUUUUUCCCUUGUUUUUCUUCAUUCCUUCCUGCCAUUCUUUCCUUUAGAAUUUCUUGUGACAUUUUCUCUUUCAUUUCUUUUGUUUUUAAAUUUCUUCCUGCUUUCUGCCUCCGUCUUUUCACUUUUUCUUUCUUUUUCGCACAAAUACGUUGA